CCAGGCGAGCUUGAUGAGCUCCCCGCCAACUCAAGGAACUCGUAGAGAAGGGUUGGAUCCGGCCGAGUAUCUCUCCUUAUGGGUCUCCAGUACUAUUCAUACCUAAGAAGAAGGAGGGUACACUUAGGAUGUGCAUUGACUAUAGGGGCCUCAAUGCCAUCACUGUGAAGAACCGAGAGCCCCUACUGCGCAUCGAUGACUUGUUAGAUAGAGUGCAAGGGUGUCGGUACUUCAGUAAGAUAGAUUUGAAGUCCGGGUACCAUCAGAUUGCAAUCCGGUCCGAGGAUCAACACAAAAUCGCCUUUCAGACCAGGUACGGUCUGUACGAGUUUGUGGUGAUGCCUUUCGGCCUUUGCAAUGCUCCUGGCACCUUUCAGCACGCUAUGAAUCAGAUAUUCCAUGACUACUUGGAUAAGUUUGUCAUCGUGUACCUCGAUGACAUACUUAUUUCUAGUAAGGCUGUCGAAGAGCACGUUGCACAUUUGGACAAAGUCCUCAGCCUCUCGCGACAGCACAAGUUCAAGAUCAACGGUGAGAAGUGCGAGUUUGGCCGCACCCGUGUCUUGUACUUGGGUCAUGAGAUUUCCGCGGAAGGGUUGAAGCCCGAUGACGCGAAGGUGGCCAGCAUCUGUGAUUGGCCACGUCCUCAGUCUGUGAUUGAGAUGAGAUCUUUCUUAGGAAUGACAGGCGACUAUAGGACUUUCGUUAAGAACUAUAGCAUAGUGGCCGCUCCUUUGACUGAUCUGACCCGCCUUGACACCCCAUGGGAGUGGACAGACGAGUGCGAGGCUGCUUUCAGACACUUGAAGCAUGCGUUGACGCACUACGAGGUCUUGAAACUUCCUGAUUCUGACAAGCCAUUCAUAGUCACCACGGAUGCUAGCCAAUAUGGCAUUGGCGCCGUGCUUGCGCAGCAGGAGGGGCCAAAGUUGAGGCCAGUAGAGUACAUGUCCAAGAAAAUGUCGUCUCAGAAGUUCGCUAAGUCCACUUAUGAGAAGGAACUCUACGCGGUGUACAAGGCUCUCACCCAUUGGAGACACUAUCUCCUUGGGAGGUUCUUCAUCCUCAGGACUGAUCAUCAGACUUUGAUAUGGAUGAGAACCCAGCCGAUACUCUCUGACGCUCUCAAGCGUUGGAUCGAAGUCAUUGAGCAAUAUGACUUUGACCCUCACUACCUCAAAGGGGAGUACAACAAGGUUGUUGAUGCCUUGUCGCGCAGACCGGACUUCUCAGGUGUGCUGAUUACUGAGUUCGAUCUGACGAGCAAUGUUACUCAGUCUCUGGUAGAAGCCUAUCGCCAAGACCAGUUUAUGUCUGAGAUCAUACGCAGACUUCAGGCGAACGACAAGAAGACUUCCGCCGAGUUUGAGUUGGUCAAUGGCUUGCUGUUCCUUGAGAAGGCAGGGAAUAAACGCUUGUGUGUUCCAAAUAGCGAGUCUUUGCGUAGUUCGUUUUUAGGUGAGUGUCAUGAUGCCACCGACCAUUUUGGGUACAAGAAGACCACAACUAACUUGCUGCAGCGGUUCUGGUGGCCCACGAUGAUGCGAGAUGCCCAGCUGUACGUGGAGACUUGUCAAGUUUGUCAACGGGACAAGCCACGUACUCAGGCUCCUCUUGGGCUGCUAAAGCCCCUUCCGAUUCCAGAACGGCCUGGCGAGAGUCUGUCCAUGGAUUUCAUGGAUACUCUAAUCACCUGCAAGAGUGGGAUGCAACACAUCUUUGUCAUCGUGGAUAGAUUUAGUACCUUGGAAUUUGCUGACCGCUAUGAACAGAAGAUGCAGCAGGCUGUAGAACAGAUGCAGAAGGCGCAGGCUGCAAUGAUAGAGUAUGAAAAUAGACACCGCCGGCAUUCUACAUUUCAGGUUGGGGAUAGGGUCUGGGUUAAGUCGUCGGAACUGGGACAGGAGCACGGGAUUUCCCGCAAACUCAUGCCCCCGUACUUUGGACCCUGGGAAGUCUUGGAUAUCGUUGGGACAGAUUCGGAUGGGCCAUCCUAUGUUAUCCGGAUACUUGGUCAUCUCCGCACUUACCCUGCCUUUCACGCCUCCAAACUGACACCUUUUGAAGAGACUGAUCAGUUUCCAUCUCGUCGCUCAAUGCUGCCCCCAACCAUGGACGAAGAGGUGGACAUCGAUGAUAUUGUGGAUCACAGAGCGCCGCCGGUAUCAAGACCAGCAGGCCGGGGACGUCCUCCAAAACCGAAGCUUCAGUACCGUGUUCAGUUCCGGCAUCACACUCAUCCGAAGGAGGACCGCUGGUUCACCAGGGAAGAGCUCAUGCAGACCGCUCCUCAAGUUGUAACCCAAUACGAGAGAUCUCCGCAGAAGGGAAAGCGCCCUAUGAUCGAAGACUGAGCUUUUCAGAGGACUGUUGAAGUUGAGGAGGAGGGAAUGCGAGGCCAUUGCCUCUAUGAGCCCCAUAAGGCCCCAUUUUUGCAGCCCAUCGGCCGCCCUAAAUGAAGGCAGGCUCGGCGA